AUGAGAAAAAUACAGAGGAAACAGAAGAAACCCCAUAAAGAAGCUCAAAAAGCCAAUGACAAGCAACAGCGGCAACAGCUAAAGGACAACUACACGAAUAAUAAUGACGAUACCAAAGUGAACGGAAACAUGAUGAAAUUACAAUGGAGUAAGUUACAAGUGACAUGCCAGCAAUUAGAUUGUAUGCAACGUCAUGCCGAGGGGCACGGGAAUUUGUGGCACAAGCAGGCAAUAGUCUUAAAUGAAAAUCAUCACUAUCAGCAUCAACUCCAGCAGCAACAGCAACACCACCAACAAAAGACUGACACCCAUUUAACAUCUACAGUAUUAUCAUCAUCAGCAGCUGCCGCGACUGGAGUUGGGCCAUCGGCAACAAAUACAGCUAUUCUUUCGACCUCAUCGUCGGCAGCAACAACAGUAACUGCAUUAACGGACACGACAAUGACUACCACCACAACGGCGGAUGUAGAAGUUGAUGCUGAAGCGGAAACAUCAUCGGCGGUGUUAAGUGCGGUUUCCCAUGAUGGAUCGACAACGGCACCACCCUCAUCGUGUGGCUCAUCACUAAUAAAAACUCCCAUCAGCAGUAAUGUGACAACGUUGUUGGCAUCGCCUGUUGAUGUGGAGCCAGUUGGAACAACACCACCACCGCAAAUGGGAAGUUUGAAAAAAUCUGCCACCCAUUUGCCAACAGCAUCAAUUGCAUUUAAUCAUCAUCACCAAUCCUCCUGCAACUCAGCCAAUACCCUACCAGCAUCUGCAUCCUUAGCGACAACGUCAGUAACACAUUCCAAGGUUUCGAAUAGUUUGUCAUCAUCCUCACCGUCAUCGUCAUCAACAACAGCAACAGCAGCAGCAGUGGCAGCAACAUCAAAGGCAUCAUCGGCAACCCAGCCAAAGAAACCAAACGAUUGGGUUGUAAUUCCGGUGUUUGCGGAUAUUGUUAAAUUAGCACUGGCAGGACGUGAAGACUGUUUGCAGCG